UCUCAAACUGCAUCGAAUCACGUUGCGUGUUGCGUGAAUGCGUGUUCAAACGUUGCUUUGAGAAAGAUACUUACUCCGUUUAUAUAGAAAACACGCACAGUCCAACAAACAGAACAAGAAUAUCUACGUACGUUCAAGCGUUGUAUAUGAAUUCACGCAAAACGCAGCGUGAUGCAAUUCAGUGUGUGAGCCACCUUACUCAUAAAAAGUAGCAAACAAAUCAAUAAAAACGACAAACUAUAAAAUGUUAUGCGAUAAAAAUGUCAUAAAAAUUAAAAUUUCCAGCAUGUGGUGCCUCAACCAACAUUUUCAUGAAAUAUGUUAGUUACCGUAGAGUAAUUAACUUACGAUUAUGUCCUUUGAUUGUUUAUUUCUGGUUCUAUGCACUGUGUUUUCUGUUUUGAGGGCGACAGAUGUAAACGUAAACGUAAAGUUUCAACCACUUCAACACGAAGACUCGAAUGACGUCAUCACGCCUGAAGCGAGACAACAAAUUCAACUCAAAGACUCGGAUGACGUCAUCACUCCUGAAACGAGACGGAACGUGGAGCGACCCAUCGGGAGGAUACGGGACACACAUCCCAUGAAGUUUCUGGAUCCCCCUAAAGACAAGAACAAGCAAGUCCUCAACACCAAGCUGUCUUCCACAGCAAACUUCCCGUACAUGGCUCUGAUCCUCAUCCACGACCGGCCCUGGUGCGCGGGUGCCAUCGUGGAUGUCAACUGGAUAGUGACGGCCGCGCACUGCCUUAAUUACGUCCUCCCCAUGUCUCCAACGAAGCAUCUGGGCGAAGCCGUGAAGGCGCGCGUGGGCAGCGCGUCAGCGGCUGACGGCGGGCACCUGGUGGAGGUGGCAGGAGCUGUCAGACACCCUCGCUUCGAGGAGGAGCCCGUGCCGCACGCUGACGUGGCGCUGCUGAAGCUUGAUGCCAAUUUGGAGUUUUCAAACUACGUGGACUUGAUAAAAAUCUACGAUGGCACGCGGGAGCCGUUUGCGCAGAGCUUCGUCGCGGUGACCGGGUGGGGCGCGGUCAAGGGUUCCGGAGCGUCCUUCAAGGACCCCCCCGGCGGGCUGGCCACCACGCGCCUCAAGGUGCGCUCGCAGCCGUUCUGUGCAGACGCCUACCAGCUGGUCCACGGGUUCCGCUUUACCAAGGACUUGUUCUGUGCUUCUAUGAGACAGGGCGCUAGGGAUGCUUGCUUGUUCGACGCGGGCGCCCCGGCAGUGCAGAAGAACCAGCUGAUGGGCAUCAUGAGCUUCGGCCCCGAGCAGUGCGGCGAUGAGUACCAGCCAGCCGUCUUCAUCAAGGCUUUCUACUUCAGAGACUUCGUGAAAGAGACAAUAGCAUCGUUUAAGACUACAGCUGACCUGCUAGCGGCUAUGCAGGACGUCGAGAAACAAUAUGAGACAGGGCCCCCCCCAGACCAAGAAGAAAAUAAAAAUGAUGAUAGCUUGACUACAACUACUGAACAUGAUAUGUUAUUCCACUGAAAAGAUAAUCGCAAUAAACAAAUUAAAACUAAAA